CUCUCCCGGUGCGGCCCGGGAAGGGCAGCGAGCCGCAGAGCCGGACCGGCCGCGGCCGCAGCGGUAAGAGCAUGGCCCAGCCCCGAGGGGCCGCGAGCCUGGCGCCCAGGCCCUCCCUGACCACCGUGCUAAGCCUGCGGAGCGCCCCGCAGUCACGCCCCUCGAGAGCGGACACUGGCAGCCUGGGCAGAUACCGGGGCGCCGUUGCCAACGCUCGGGAGUCCCCCUUCCAUGGCUCGGGGACGUCCUCAGGAGCGGGCACGGCGCGCCGGCGGGGAGCGCUGCGCGAGCUGCUAGGGCUGCAGGGGGCGGCUCCCGCCGGGUGGCCGUCGGAAGAGCGCGCCGAGGAGCAGCCGCCAAGCGGGCCUGGCGGCAGCGGGCUGUGCUUGGACCCCCGGGAGCACGCGUGGAUGCUGGCGGCCGCCGAGGGCCGCAUUGAGGAGCUUCAGGAGCUGCUGAAGGCCGAGCCGGGGCUUCUGCUGAGGGCUGACCCGAUCACGGGCUACACGGUGCUGCACUGGCUGGCCAAGCACGGGCGCCACGAGGAGCUCAUUCUGGUGUACGACUUCGCCCAGCGCCGGGGGCUGCAGCUCGACGUGAGCGUCCCGGGCAGCGGUGGCCUCACGCCCCUCCACCUGGCGGCCCAGCAGGGGCACGACAUGGUCAUCAAGGUGCUGGUGGGCGCCCUGGGCGCUGACCCCACGCGCCGCGACCACAGCGGACACCGGGCCUGCCAUUACCUGCGGUCCGACGCCCCCCAGAGGCUGCGGGAGCUGUCGGGGGCGGAGGACUGGGAAGUGGUGGACGGCAACGAGCGCAACAACUCCAACAACAACAGCAGCGGUGCCGCCGCGCGGGCUCUGCGAUGGAGCCUAAGCCCAACGGGCGCGACGGCAGUGGAGACAAGGGCCAAAGAGAAAGACUCUGCGGGCUCCCGAGUGGCGCAAAUUCAGGGCCUUUUGCGCCAAGUGUUUCCCUUCUUCCAGAACCGUUGAGGGAGGCUGAGACUGGAGAGCGCAGAGCGGCCCGGACGCUGCGGGAAGCCUCGGUGCUGGGGUCUCCGGGAUCCCACCGAGGAGGCGGCGCCGCGGACGCAGCUCCGGCCACAGCCAAGCACGAGCUCGGGGCCGGUCUCAGGUACUUGCCUCAUGCCUCCUGCAGCCACUAGCCAGGAGGACCCG